UUCUCAAAGCUUCUGUCGUGUUUUUGCUCGAAAUUAAUUUCAUUUGGCAUAAUUGGGGUUUGUUUAGAUGCAAGCAAAACUACAACUCCCGACAUGCUUCAGUGUGGGCAGACAGGCCUGGACUUGAUACAGUGUAUCUCUCUCCCCAGUGCUGUAAAUCGUGGCUUGCUCUCUGCGUUCAUUUUUGAUAUCUGCAGUUUCCGAUUGACCCUUCAUUGUAAGAUGUUUUUUAGAAUCGGGAGACUUUUGGAAUCUUCACAAGUACCGGUACGUUGUUACUUUUCCCAGAAGGCAAAACUAAAUCUCUUUUGUACAUUUCUUCAUAGACUAGAAAAGAGAAACAUAGUCUGCAUGGCAAAAAACACAAUCAAACCUGAUUCUACAGAUCCCAUUUCUAGUGAAGGAAUGGCUGUCAAACGGUUAUCUGUGGAAGGGAAUAUUGCCGUGGGGAAAUCCACAUUUAUGAAACUGUUGUCCAGCUUUUUCCAAGAAUGGGAGUUGGUCACAGAACCUUUGCGGAAGUGGCAACAUGUCCAGGACUCUGCUCCACAUGGAGGUAUGGACAACCUCUUACAGCUGAUGUAUGAUGAUCCUAGCAGGUGGUCUUAUACAUUUCAGACCGUUUCUUGCAUGACUCGGUUUAAAACUCAGAUAGAGCCACUUUCAAGACAGCUGUUGAGUUUGAGAGAGCCAGUCCAGGUAUUUGAGCGAUCCAUUUACAGCGAUCGAUAUGUAUUUGCAAAAUGUUUAUUUGAGUUAGGCCAUUUAAAUCCAAUGGAAUGGACCAUGUAUCAGGAAUGGCACUCCUUCCUAACACGGGAAUUUGCUGAAAAAGUUCAUUUGAAUGGAAUAGUUUAUCUACAGGCAACUCCUGAGACAUGUUUUGAAAGACUUCAAAAAAGGGCCAGAAAGGAAGAGAAGACCGUACAGCUAGAUUACCUUCAAAAGUUGCAUGAACAACAUGAAAAUUGGUUGAUAAAGAAGACAACGGAUGUCCACUUUGAACAUGUUAAAAACAUUCCGGUUUUAGUUUUGGAUGUCAAUGAAGAUUUUAAAAAUAAUCCACUUGCAAGUCAGAGACUCGCUACCAAGAUUGAGAACUUCUUAGCAGAGUUAUAAUAUUUAUUGUUCGUGUUAUUAGUUUAUAGAACCCAUUAUCUGUUGUCAACUGCAACAAAAUAAGCUAAAUGUUAAAUGGAGGUACGGGUGAGAAUGGGACCACUUUUCUCUUCUUGGUAUAACUUCUAAUAUGUGUUAUUAUCCUUAAUAACUUUAGCAUCAUUUUUAAAUAUAUGUUAUUAGCUAUAUAAACCACCAUGUCCUCCAUAAAUAAAUAUUUUAGAUAAGCUCUUAAACCAUCUUUAGCUUAGCAAAGAAGUUUUGGUGUGUAGCUCAUGCGAUUGCAGUCUCGCUGCUCAAUUCUCUGUUAUUUAGGAGUUAAAUUACUAUGUUUAUGCAGGCUAAGACACCCUGCCUGUGAACUUACACCUUCCCUACAUACUUCCUGUAAAGCGAUAUCUAACUUUUAAACGUCCUUUAUUGCAAAGUGCGUUUAAUUUAGAAUUUCUUAUCUCUUACUCCAUUAAUAGCCUGUAGGAUCCUCCUGUUAAAGGUCUGUUAACAAAGCAAUAAAUACAGCCAUCUAAAGUAAACACGCUGUGCUGCUAAACCUGAUUGAAAUUACAUGUUAGCUGUGUGAAUCUAAAUAAGGGGGAGCUGUGACUAGGGCUGCAUAAACAACUAGUCUCCUAAAUGGCACAGAAUUGAGCAGUGAGACUUCAGGGUCACGAUGUAUACA